AUGUUUCCAAAUUAUUAUACAUCAUUAAAUUCUCAUGAUGAUUUUUCAUCAUCAGAUAUUUCUUCAUUCCAUCAUUUUUAUCAGCAACAUCCACAUUUAUUUUCAACAACACAUUUUUCAAAUAAUAAAGUUUUACCAUCAACUGUUUAUCCAACAUAUACAAUGCAAGGUUUAAAUAUGCAUGUUAAUGUUACCAUGAAUCCUGUUGAUAUUACUCCUUCUCAAUUAUUAUCAACCGUUUCACAAACAUAUUUUUAUUCGUCUAAUCAAAAUAGUAGGAAUACACUAGAAGAAAAACUAAUUAAUCCAAGAUUAUUAAAUGAUAAUGAACGAUUUUUAUCACAAGUACAAUCAACAUUAACUAAAGUAAAAAAUAAAGAAAAAAAAAUUCGUAAACCACGUACAAUUUAUAGUACACCUCAAUUACAAGCACUUAAUAAACGUUUUCAUCAUACUCAAUAUUUAGCUUUAUCGGAACGUGCUGAAUUAGCGGCUAUGCUUUCUCUAACACAGACUCAAGUGAGUUGA